GUCAAAAAGAAGUUUCUUUUGUUUUUCUAUAAAACACAAAACAAUUCUCUCUUCUGUAGAUUCCUUCCUUGCACUGAUUUAACAGCACACAAAAUCUAAACCUAAAAAAUCAAAAUUGAAAGGGAAAAAAAUGGUGAAAUUCUUGUUUUCAGUGAUAAUUCUGUUCUUUCUAUUAUCGGUAUGUUCUGGUAGGAAUAUUGAAGAAGAUGGUGUAAUUAGAUUACCUUCUGAAGUCAAAGAAUUUAUUAAUGGUAAAAACAUCGAUGAUGAUUCUGUCGGUGGAACUAGAUGGGCUGUUUUAAUUGCUGGUUCUAGUGGGUAUUGGAAUUACAGACAUCAGGCGGAUGUCUGUCAUGCUUAUCAAGUCCUGAAAAGAGGUGGAGUAAAAGAGGAAAACAUUGUUGUUUUUAUGUAUGAUGACAUCGCGCUCAACGAGGAAAACCCUAGGCCUGGUGUCAUUAUUAACCACCCUAAAGGUGAAGACGUUUAUGCUGGAGUGCCGAAGGAUUAUACAGGGCGCGAUGUUACUGCUCACAACUUUUACUCAGUUCUCCUUGGAAAUAAAACUGCUGUUAAAGGGGGUAGUGGCAAGGUUAUUGAUAGUGGUCCGAACGAUCACAUCUUUAUCUAUUACAGUGAUCAUGGUGGUCCUGGGGUGCUUGGGAUGCCAACCUAUCCUUACCUUUACGCAGAUGAUCUGGUUAAUGUAUUGAAGCAAAAGCAUUCAUUAGGAGCAUAUAAAAGCUUGGUGUUCUAUCUCGAAGCUUGUGAAUCUGGAAGUAUUUUUGAGGGUAUUCUUCCUAAUGGGUUAAAUAUUUAUGCAACCACAGCAUCAAAUGCAGAAGAGAGCAGCUGGGGAACCUACUGUCCUGGAGAGUUCCCUAGUCCUCCUUCAGAAUAUGAGACCUGUCUGGGAGAUUUGUACAGUGUUGCUUGGAUGGAAGACAGUGACGUACAUAAUUUGCGAAGUGAAACUCUGAAGCAGCAAUAUCAUCUGGUUAAAGAAAGGACUCAAAAUGCAAAUUCUGCCUAUGGGUCCCACGUAAUGCAGUAUGGAGACCUCGAAGUUAGCAAGGAAGAUCUGUUUCUAUACAUGGGUACCAAUCCGGCAAAUGAUAACAAUAAGUUCAUUGGACAGAACUCAUUGCCUACACUUUCAGGGUCUGUUAACCAACGGGAAGCAGAUCUCAUUCAUUUCUGGCACAAGUACCGAAAAGCCCCUGAAGGUUCUCAGAGGAAAGCUGACGCACAAAAGCAGUUUGUAGAGGUAAUGGCUCACCGAAUGCACGUCGACCACAGCAUUAAACUCAUUGGAAAGCUUCUAUUUGGGUUUGAAAAAGGUCCUCAAGUACUUGAAGCUGUUCGUCCUGCUGGACAGCCCCUUGUAGAUGACUGGGACUGUCUUAAGACCAUGGUGAGGACCUUUGAGACCCAGUGUGGGUCUCUGUCACAGUACGGAAUGAAACAUAUGAGAUCUGUAGCAAACAUUUGCAAUGCAGGAAUUAAGAAAGAACAGAUGGCUGAGGCCGCAUCUCAAGCUUGUGUUACCAUUCCUCAUGGCUCAUGGAGCUCAACUCACCAGGGUUUCAGCGCGUAAUUGAAUGCGGAGGAUUGAUCUUGCUUAAAAAAGAUUACCGCAAUUUCAGUUACUCUUGUGUAAGUAUCUGUCUAGUUGGUGCUUACAGCAAUGUCUAUAUCGGUAUUGUUUGUGAUGCUUGUUCCAUUUUGUAAAUACAAGCCCUCGGAACAAACCAAAAUAUAAAGGUGUGUAAUGAACUAAUGCUCUGCUUAAAAAUGUAAAUAAUGCUAAUUUGCUUUGAAAGUUUACUACUGUUCGAGAUGUAACAAUAUCUGGCUGUUUCGACAAUGAACUAAACUUUGUGUAUAUUAUUAUUAUACUGAGUAAGCAAAA